AUGUCUUUGCUGCAGGACGGAGAAAGUCCUCAGAUCCUGAACGUUACUCAGAGUAGAAAUACUCCAUUACAGUGCUGCGUUCAAAGUCUAACUUCUUCUGUUGUUCUGGUCUCGGAUUAUUAUUCAGAAACUCCAGAACUCUGUUUUUAUGAGUUCUUAUGAACCAACUUGCUGCUCAGUCAGUUAUGAAAGUUCAGUGGAAACAACCUUUUGAUUUUUCUUUGAUAUUAAAUUAUUCUACGUGUUUAGUUUUUAUUAACGUGAGCUGCAGCUACGCUGGUUCAGAAAAUAUCAGCAGCUGACUUCUGCUUUAUUGGACACCUUCAUCUUCUUCAUGUUUCAACUCACCUGUGAUCAUAAAUGAUUGAAUCUACUUGUUCAGAGUCACAGAUUCUGAAUCAGUUUCUGGCUGCAGGAGGAAACAGAGUUGAUCAGAAGCUGCAGUUUGUGACUCUGCUGCUCCUUCAGUCACAUUUUAAUCAGACUGAGUCCAUUUGUUCGUCUUUAACUUCGUUGUUUAGUUUCUGUUGGUUCAGGGAACAUGUUGAACAUCUAUUCGUGUUUCCUGGUUUCAAACGUGACUUCUGAUUUGAUUUUAGUGUGAAGAAGGUGAAACACUUGUAGAUGUUGGUGAAGGUGAAGCUAGAAAGUGUGUGUGAGCUGCUGUGAGUUGAGCAGCAUGGAUCAGUGUGAGGACAGAGAGGAGGGAGUCCCUCCCUCUACAAGCUCUCUGUGUGGGGACCAGGAGAACCAGAGCAGAGCUCAGAGGAUCCAAUCUGGACCUGGAGCUGGACCUGAACCGGGACCUGAACCUGAACCUGAACCUGGACCUGGACCUGGACCUGAACCUGAACCCAGCUGUGUGUCCUUGAAGAGCGACCGGUCAAAAAAUCGCUGGAUUCAUUUCAAAGAACGUCAACCUCCUGCUGUGAAGAAAAUCAAUCAGAGACCAAACUCCUCUGGACUUGGACCUGGACCUGGACCUGAACCCAGCUGUGUGUCCUUGAAAAGCGACUGGUCAAAAGAUCACCCCAUUAAUUUCAAAGGACGUCAACCUCCUGCUGUGAAGAAAAUCCAUCAGAGACCAGACUCCUCUGGACCUGGACCUGGAUCUGAACCCAGCUGUGUGUCCUUGAAGAGUGACCGGUCAAAUCCUCGAUUCAUUAAUUUCAAAGGACAUCAACGUCCUGCUGUGAAGCAUGAACCUGAACCCAGCUGUGUGUCCUUGAAGAGCGACUGGUCAAAAGAUCACCCCAUUAACUUCAAAGAACAUCAACCUCCUGCUGUGAAGAAGUAAGUCAUAA